GGCAGAAGAUUGUUGAAGUUUCUAGUAAAUUCUGAACACACGGUUGCCAAACAUAUGUUACCCUAAAUUACUUCCUAUUUAAAGCUUUCCGAACCACCUCCAGUCUAUUCUAAUAACAGCCGAUGAAUGAAUGUUCAUCAUGAAACAGAGGAAACAGAGGAAACAGAGGAAAAGAGAGGAUUUAUCUCUUUCUAUUUCAGGUCGAGAUUCUACCUUUUCCUGUUUCUGAUAUGGACAUUUGGCGCAUAUCAUGCCAUGUCUAGCAACAGAGAUGAUACGAAUAAAGGAAUGCUAUCAACAAUCAACAACAAUGACAGCGGUAUGCCACCGAUCCCAAAUGGAAAUGCUGAUACAACUUUGAAUGGAAAACCAACUUUUAUCAACUACAAGGAUAUUCCACAUGCGGACCCUUCAUCGAAUAGCACACCAAACGAGAAAGCCAAUGAUCAUCAGAGUGGAUGUAACACAGAGAACCAAUGUCGUCAAGGUGACGGCGCUAAAAAGGAUGGGAAGAAGAACUAGCAAAAACAAAGUAUCUGAUCCGUGAAGAGUUUACCUCUCUGAUCAUUUUGCAAAUAUGAUUGUUAUAUACAUUUUUCAGUCGAGGCUAGUCCCAUUUGAAUUUUCUCAGUCUACUAUUUCAUUAUUGGAAUUUGGAAGUUCAGUUAUUAAUUCUUUUUAUACAUCUUUACCCCUUUUGAUCA